CGCCGAGCAGCUCCGGGCACGUCAAGCAGCGUUCGCCUAUGCUCCCCGGCGCGUCGCGUUCGCUCGGUCGUCGCUCGCAGCACUUCAACCCAAUAACCCAAACACACGUACAACACACGCGUAUAAAAAAAAAAAAAAAAAAAAAAAAAAGAAAAGAAAAGAAAUUCAUCUCCCCGAAACGGCAAGAGGCCGCGGUAAUCGAUCGCGCGUGGAGCAGACGACGCUAGCUCGUGUAUCGUUGUGUAUACCUAUAUACAGCGGGGGCAGCAGUGGCAGAGGGGGCCAUGGGCCCGGGGACGGGCUAGCCGUGACAAUAUCCCAGGAGGUGUUGUAGGGGGUAUAUCGUUGCUGGUGCUGCCGUGACCGAGGGGUAUGGCCGGCCGGCGGGGAUCGCCGAGCUGGUGACGCGCCUGGACAUGCGCAACGGCCGGAGAUGAGCGGCAGCAACAGCAGCAGCAGCAGCAGCAGCAGCAGCAUCAUCAACACCGAGGCAGCAACAGCAGGCGGUAAUAUAAGGCAAUCGGUGCCCAAGCCCCAACAGGAUGAGCACGAAGACCAUCAACAGCAAGAAGCACCGGUCGAGGGCACGCUCUCGCAGCCUAUGGCCUCGUCGAGCCUCAAGCCGGCGCGCAGCGGCAAGAUCAGCUUCAGCGUCGACGCGCUGCUCAGCGGCACGAGGCGGUCCUCGCCCUCCUCGGCCGCUGCCAGCCUCCUAUUUGGUGUCGGUGGCGAGGCCAACCGCGACUAUGACCACCACCACCACCAGCUGCACCACUCGGCGGUACUGCAAAACUCUGGUCCAUUCGCGGGCCAGCAGUCGCCGAGGGGUCUGCUGCUGGAGCCCCGGCCGCUCCUCGUCGCCAAAGACCUGAGCAGUCGAACGGCGGCCGAGGGUGGGGCACCGUUGCGGCUGGUGGGUGAGCUUCGCCGGGAGCUGUUGAUCCAGGAGACGGACGAGCGACAAGCGGACUCGCCGCUCCGCCAGCAGCACCAACAGCACGACGAGUACGACGAGCGCAGCGCUGAUGACUCAGAGCCGGGUAACCACUCGGGCCUCGAGGGCGGGGACAACGAGUCGGCCACGACGAGUACGAGGCUGCACGACCAGGAGGACGCGCACAGCGAGGACCUCAACGUGAUGGAUUCGGACGAUUGCGCCGAGUCGGACGCCGACGGUGGGGCGUCAGCCGCGGUGCGGGGCAAGGCCAGUCCACUCGUGCCCCAGCCUAUACACCCGGGGGUCCAGCGGGGCCCGAGCUCGUACCUCCAGGGCCCGACCGGCUGGGGCUCGGCCGGCUUCCCCGCCUCGUUGGCCAGCUUCGCCUGGCUACCGCCCCCACCGCACCCCCACGCGCACAUCUACGGCCCGCACGGAGGGCCCACCAGUCCGAACGGUGACAUAAGGCUGCCGGGUCCAGGGCCCGGCCCGGUGAGGUGCACGCUGCGGAAGCACAAGCCCAACAGGAAGCCGAGGACGCCCUUCACGACGCAGCAGCUGCUCUCGCUGGAGAAGAAGUUUCGCGAAAAGCAGUAUCUGACGAUCGCCGAGAGGGCCGAGUUUUCCUCGUCGCUCCACCUCACCGAGACACAGGUGAAGAUUUGGUUCCAGAACCGGCGAGCCAAGGCGAAGCGGCUGCAGGAGGCGGAGAUAGAGAAGCUGAGGCUGUCGGCGAGGCCGCUGCUCCACCCGAGCUUCGGCUCGAGCCUGAUGUUCUCGGGUGUCGGGCCGCCCGGCAGUCCAGCCGUGCCGCCCUUCAUAGCCGCGGCGAUGGCCAGGCACUCGCACGCCGCCGCCGCCGCCAUGUUCAUGACGCCACCCGGACACCGACCCUAGGCCCAUCUCUCUCCCCCCCCCCUGCGACCCUCAUCCUUUGCAUUGUUCUUUUAUUGUUUUCCCCUCCUCUAUUGGCACACACCUGCAAUGGCAUGAUCUCAGCGCCUCCGGUGCAUCGCCCUACGAACCCGAGUACUGUCUUACUCCCUCUGUUUGGGCACUGAUGCCCCCACUGGUGUAAUUAUGCCAUCACGUUUUACCUCUCCGUAAGCUGUUUGACGCUGCGUAAAGGAGGAACCGAUGACUGGCGAAGCUGUAGCCGAUACGCAAGAAAGAUGGGCCCACAAUAUACGAAUUCUCAUCUAAUAAUCUGCUGUUCACUCUUAUGAAUUUACUUUAUUGAUAUAUACAUCUAUAUAAAUAUAUUUAUAUGUACAUAGUGUAAAUAGGGAUAUAGGUACGUGACAUUGUGUGCGCUGAACCGAAAAAGGUACUGUUGAUGCAACCCGAAAACAUAUGUUACUUUAUUUUGAAGGCUACGUCAUGAGUGACGAGUUGAUCGACUCCGUGAAUUUCAAUGUUUAAAUUUUAAAAAAAUGAAAAAAAAUGUGUUUGCUCAUCCAAUGGUAAUAGUAACGAUGACGGUGUCUUUUGGCAAUUGUAUUUUUAUAAAAAUCUUCGCUUCGAAGCACGUCGGUUUUUGUCGACUCAAGCUGUUUUCCGAGCUUAUUUAAACAUAUUAUGAUUAUUAUUCGUCGAUUGCGGCCGACCACUUGUCAAAAGUUGCAUUUUGUUUUUCUAAUUGAUCAAGCAAACCGGAGCACAUUGAGCCUGCGUCAUUUAGUCGAGACGGCAGCUCGGGGAGGACAAAUUAUUUAUUUGAAAGUGUACAUACAGAGUAGCGUGAACAUAUUGCGAGAUGUAAAAGUGCAGAUUGUGGCAAACUGUGUAAAUAAUGUAUUUACGUGAAUUAUGUCGAGACGCUGGAGAAAUAUCUAACGAAAGUAAAAUAUGAUGCGUCGAUCACAGUGCGAACAUAAUUGAUUUAGAUUGUACCUACGUGAAAUCUGUAUAAAUGUAAUAUGAUUAUUUA